AUGAAAAGUCCCAUAUCUGCUCUUCAAAGUGGUAAAUUAAAAGUUUUAAAAAUGUUCAAAUCUGUUAUCAGUGAAGAUCCUAGACAUCGACAAAUUAGUAGACGACAAUUAUCCGCAUUCCCUUCUCCCUCAAAAUCAAUUGUAGGCUGUUUAGAAAUUGAAGAUGAAGGAUUUUUCACUGUUGAUGAUUGUAUUCUUCGAAUAGAUUUUCUGUGUAGUCUUCCCUAUGAGGUUGCUACCAGUAUAUUAUUAUUUUUAAACUUUAAUACAUUGUGUCGAAUUUCUAGAGUUUCACGUGCAUGGUAUUGUAUCGUGCGUGAUAAUGAAAUAUGGCGUGGAUUGUAUAUGGAGAGUCAAAGAUGGAAAGUCACAAUACCACCAGAGGUGAUAUACGGUGAUCUCGAUUGGAAAAAAAUGUUCAAACAUCGAUAUUUAUUGGCGAAACGUUGGAACGAAGGUGAAUGUGACAAGCGAUAUUUACGAGGUCACACUGACAGCGUUUAUUGUAUACAAUUUGACGAGAAUAAAAUUGUCACUGGCUCGCGUGAUAAAACAAUCAAAUUUUGGAAUAUAAACACGGGAGCUUGUUUGCGAACGUUAACUGGGCAUGAUGCAUCGGUUUUAUGUCUUCAAUUCAACGAAUCAAUAAUGGUUUCUGGUUCAAGUGAUAUGAGUGUAAUCGUGUGGGAUAUGCACUCUCUGGUUCCAAUACGAAAACUUGAAGGUCACACUGCCGGAGUACUGGAUAUCUGUUUCAAUGAGACGUUUAUCGUCUCUUGUUCAAAAGACAGUACCAUCAAAGUAUGGGAUAUAGAAACAGGCGAAUGUCUACGUACUCUAAAAGGACAUCGUGGACCAGUGAAUGCAGUUCAAUUAAAGGACAAUAAAAUUAUAUCUGCGUCUGGUGACGCGCUAAUAAAAUUAUGGGAUGCUGAAACUGGUAAAUGUAUUCGUGAUUUUAUUGGUCAUACGCGCGGACUGGCAUGUGUACAAUACGACGGGAAAUUGGUGGUAUCCGGCUCAAAUGAUCAAACUAUCAAAAUAUGGGAUGCAGAAACCGGAAAGUGUAUACGUACGCUGUUUGGUCAUACUGAAUUAGUAAGGACAUUACAUUUCGAUGAGGAUAAAAUUGUGAGUGGUAGUUAUGAUCAGUCGGUUAAAGUGUGGGAUUUGAAAAGCGGGAAACCUCUAUUAGAUUUCAAGGAUGGGCAUACGAGUUGGGUGUUUGAUGUGCAAUUUAGCACAACAAAAAUCGUUAGGUGA